CCGUUCCACGUAUCCAUCACUCACCAACUCAUUCUCGCUGACUACACCAUCAGAACCCUCAGUGUUGAGUUCUCAGGGAAGACGAGGAAGGUGACUCAUUUCCACUACACAGCCUGGCCAGACCACGGAGUACCUGACUAUGCCACCUCCAUGCUCAACUUCCAUAAGGUUGUCCUCAGAGACCACAAGGCCCAGAGAGGUCCUCUACUUGUGCACUGUAGUGCUGGUGUUGGUAGGACAGGGACAUUCAUAGCCAUAGACCAUGUCCUGGAGCAGAGGGAGACAGAGGGAGUGGUGGACAUCCCUGGAGUGAUCCUCAAACUCAGACAACAGAGAACCAAGAUGGUUCAAACUCUGGACCAGUACAUCUUCAUCCAUGAUGCCAUACUGGAGUCAGUCACGUGUGGAGACACUGAGAUCAAAGCUGCUGAUUUGAGGAGGAAACUGGUCAAACUCAAGAGAAAGGACGAUUCUGGACUUUCUGGACUUGACCUUCAGUUUGCCAUACUGGACCAAGUGAGCGGAAAUGUAGGAGAUGCGCAGUCCGUUGCUGCCCGAAACGACCCCACCAAGAAUAGAUCUACUGAUUUCCUGCCAGUGGACAAAUGGAGAGUUGUUUUGAAAGGAGAAAAUCCAGACUACAUACAUGCCACCAAUAUCCGCGGCUACAAGCAGCAGAGAGCGUUCAUCAUCACCCAAGGGCCGAUGCGCUCCACUGCCAGAGACUUCUGGAAGAUGGUCUACAGAAGGAAGUGUAGUGUGGUCGUCAUGCUAUCAGACCUAGUUGAACAGAAUGAGGAGGUAUGCUACCAGUAUUGGCCAGAGAAGAGGACUCAGAGCUACGGAGAGUUCAGUGUAGAGCUGCUGAAUGAGGAGAGGAAGAGAGGGUUUUUACUCAGGACUUUAUCAGUUCAGGAAGCCAAGUCCGGUACAGCCCAUCAGGUGUGGCAGUUCCACAUCCCAGAGUGGAGCUCAGACUACCAGUGGCGUGGGGAUGUGAAUGCCAUGGUCUCUGUCAUAGAGGAAGUCUCCAAGGUCCAGAGGAAGACUGGGAACCACCCCAUUGUUGUCCAUGGACUUAACACAGUGAGUAGAUCUGCCAUAUUCUGUGGUGUGGCCACCACCAUUGAGAGGUGUAAGACAGAGGGAGUGGUGGAUGUGUUCCAGGUGGUCAAGGCCAUGAGAGUUCAGAAACCUGGAGCCAUACAAACUUUGAGACCCUGGAAGGUUGCAAUGCCUUGCACGUCAACUGCCGAGGCGCAUGCGGGAAAGUCCAGGCCUUGGGGAGUUGACUUCUGGAGGAUGGUGUGGCAGGAGAGAGUGCCAUCAGUGGUGAUGAUCACCAACCUGGUGGAGGGGAAGAAGACAAAGUGUGAGCAGUAUUGGCCGUCCUCUGGGUCUCAGGAUUUCGGGCCGUUCCACGUAUCCAUCACUCACCAACUCAUUCUCGCUGACAACACCAUCAGAACACUCAGUGUUGAGCUCUCAGGGAAAACAAGGAAGGUGACUCAUUUCCACUACACAGCCUGGCCAGACCACGGAGUACCUGACUAUGCCACCUCCAUGCUCAACUUCCACAAGAUGGUUAUGAAAGACCACAAGGCCCACAGAGGUCCUCUACUAGUGCACUGUAGUGCUGGUGUCGGUAGGACAGGGACAUUCAUAGCCAUAGACAAUGUCCUGGAGCAGAGGGAGACAGAAGGAGUGGUGAACAUCCCUGGAGUCAUCCUCAAACUCAGACAACAGAGAACCAACACGGUCCAGACUCUGGUAUAUACAUACACAUUGCAUUGUCAACCUACCUUUAGCACAGUACAAACACAUUUGAUAAAAAGUGCUCCCCUUAAAUCUCUCUGCCUGUCUGAUGUGUUUUGGACCAGUACAUCUUCAUCCACGACGCUAUACUGGAGUCAGUCACAUGUGGAGAUACUGAGAUUGAGGCUGGAGACCUGCGGAAGAGACUGGUUCAACUCAAGAACCAAAGACGAGUCUGGUCGCUCUGGACUUGACCUACAGUUUGCCAUACUGGACCAAGUCAGUUCAAACGUAGGAGAGGCAAAGUCAUUUGCUGCACAAAACAACCUCGCCAAGAAUAGAUCUACUGACUUCUUACCAGUGGACAAUUGGAGAGUUGUUUUGAAAGGAGAAAAUCCAGACUACAUACAUGCUAGCAGUGUCCAUGGCUACAAGAAGCACAGGGCGUUCAUCAUCACCCAAGGACCGAUGCGCUCCACUGCCAGAGACUUCUGGAAGAUGGUCUACAGCAGGAAGUGUAGCGUGGUCGUCAUGUUAUCAGACCUCAUUGAACUUGAUGAGGAGGUGUGCUACCAGUACUGGCCUGGGAAGAGAGCACAGACAUAUGGAGAGUUCAGAGUAGAGCUGCUCAGUGAGGGGUGGAAGAGUGGAUUCUUAUUCAGAAACUUCUCUGUCCAGCAGGCCAAGUUUGCCACAGCCCAUCAGGUGUGGCAGUUCCACAUCCCAGAGUGGAGCUCAGACUACCAGUGGCGUGGGGAUGUGAAUGCCAUGGUCUCUGUCAUAGAGGAAGUCUCCAAGGUCCAGAGGAAGACUGGGAACCACCCCAUUGUCGUCCAUGGACUUGACACAGUGAGUAGAUCAGCCAUAUUCUGUGGUGUGGCCACCACCAUUGAGAGGUGUAAGACAGAGGGAGUGGUGGGUGUGUUCCAGGUGGUCAAGGCCAUGAGAGCUCAGAAACCUGGAGCCAUACAAACUUUGGAACAGUAUCAGUCAAUUUAUGAAGCUCUUUUGGUGUUCAUUGACUCAUUUGAAACAUACUCAAAUUUUACAACAUAAGCUUAGUUUUUAUAUUAUCGUCAUAUC